AUGGAAUAUACAUAUCAAUAUUCAUGGAUUAUCCCCUUCAUUCCACUUCCAGUUCCUAUGUUAAUAGGAGUGGGACUUCUACUUUUUCCAACGGCAACAAAAAAUCUUCGCCGUAUGUGGGCUUUUCCUAGUAUUUUCUUGUUAAGUAUAGUUAUGAUACUUUCGGUCUAUCUAUCUAUUCAGCAAAUAAAUAGAAGUUUUAUCUAUCAAUAUGUAUGGUCUUGGACCAUUAAUAAUGAUUUUUCUUUCGAGUUCGGUCACUUAAUAGAUCCACUUACUUCUAUUAUGUUAAUAUUAAUUACUACUGUUGGAAUUUUGGUUCUUUUUUAUAGUGACAAUUAUAUGUCUCAUGAUCAAGGAUAUUUGAGAUUUUUUGCUUAUAUGAGUUUUUUCAAUACUUCCAUGUUGGGAUUAGUUACUAGUUCGAAUUUGAUACAAAUUUAUAUUUUUUGGGAAUUAGUUGGAAUGUGUUCUUAUCUAUUAAUAGGUUUUUGGUUCACACGACCUAGUGCGGCGACUGCUUGUCAAAAAGCGUUUGUAACGAAUCGUGUAGGCGAUUUUGGUUUAUUAUUAGGAAUUUUAGGUCUUUAUUGGAUAACCGGUAGUUUUGAAUUUCGGGAUUUGUUCCAAAUAUUGAAUAACUUGAUUUAUAAUAAUGAGGUUCCUUUUUUAUUUCUUACUUUGUGUGCCUUUCUUUUAUUUGCAGGUGCAGUUGCGAAAUCGGCACAAUUCCCCCUUCAUGUAUGGUUACCUGAUGCCAUGGAAGGCCCUACUCCCAUUUCGGCUCUUAUACAUGCCGCUACUAUGGUAGCAGCAGGCAUUUUUCUUGUAGCUCGACUUCUUCCUCUUUUUAUAAUCAUACCUUACAUAAUGAAUUUCAUAUCUUUAAUAGGUAUAAUAACAGUAUUAUUAGGAGCUACUUUAGCUCUUGCUCAAAAAGAUAUUAAAAGAGGUUUAGCUUAUUCUACAAUGUCUCAAUUGGGUUAUAUGAUGUUAGCUCUAGGUAUGGGGUCUUAUCGAGCCGCUUUAUUUCAUUUGAUUACUCAUGCUUAUUCAAAAGCAUUGUUGUUUUUAGGAUCCGGAUCAAUUAUUCAUUCAAUGGAAGCUAUUGUUGGAUAUUCUCCAGAUAAAAGUCAGAAUAUGGUUCUUAUGGGAGGUUUAAAAAAGCAUGUACCAAUUACAAAAACUGCUUUUUUAGUAGGUACACUUUCUCUUUGUGGUAUUCCCCCCCUUGCUUGUUUUUGGUCCAAAGAUGAAAUUCUUAAUGAUAGUUGGUUGUAUUCACCUAUUUUCGCAAUAAUAGCUUGUUCCACAGCAGGAUUAACCGCAUUUUAUAUGUUUCGAAUCUAUUUACUUACUUUUGAGGGACAUUUCAAUGUUCAUUUUCAAAAUUACAAUGGUCAAAAAAGUAGUUCCUGCUAUUCAAUAUCUCUAUGGGGAAAAGAAGUGCCAAAAAUGAUUAAAAAUCAUUUUUGUUUAUUAAGUUUAUUAACAAUGAAUAAUAAUGAAAGGACUUCUUUUUUUUCGAAUAAGACAUAUCAAAUUGAUGGUAAUGGAAAAAACAGGAUACGCCCUUUUAUUACUAUUACUAAUUUUGUCACUAAAAAUACUUUCUCUUAUCCUCAUGAAUCGGACAAUACCAUGUUAUUUUCUAUGGUUAUAUUAGUGUUAUUUACUUUGUUUGUUGGGGUCGUAGGAAUUCCCUUUGCUUUUAAUCAAGAAGAAAUUCAUUUGGAUAUAUUAUCUAAAUUGUUAAAUCCGUCUAUAAACCUUUUACAUCCGAAUUCAAAUAAUUCGGUGGAUUGGUAUGAAUUUGUGACAAAUGCAAGUUUUUCUGUCAGUAUAGCUUUUUUCGGAAUAUUUAUAGCGUCUUUUUUAUAUAAGCCUAUUUAUUCAUCUUUACAAAAUUUGAACUUACUAAAUUCGUUUUCUAAAAGAGGUUCUAAUAGAAUUUUAGGGGACAGAAUAAGAAAUGGGAUAUAUGAUUGGUCAUAUAAUCGUGGUUACAUAGAUGCUUUUUAUACAAUACCCUUAACUCAGGGUAUAAGAGGACUAGCUGAACUAAUUCAUUUUUUGGAUAGACGACUAAUUGAUGGAAUUACGAAUGGUUUCGGUCUUACAAGUUUCUUUUUCGGAGAAGGUAUCAAAUAUGUAGGGGGCGGUCGCAUCUCUUCUUAUCUAUUAUUGUAUUUAUUGUUUGUAUUAA